AUGCGGCCUUUGACUGAAGAGGAGACCCGUGUCGUGUUUGAGAAGAUAGCAAAAUACAUCAGGGAGAACCUUCAGCUGCUGGUCAACAGCCCUGACGGCACCUACUGUUUCAGGCUGCACAACGACCGGGUGUACUACGUGAGAGAAAAGAUCUUGAAGUUGGCUGCCAACACCUCCGAUGACAAGCUCGUGUUGUUGGGGACCUGCUUCAGAAAAUUCUCUAAGACCCACAAAUUCCGGUUGCACGUCGCAGCUCUGGAUGACCUUGCACCCUAUGCCAAGUACAAAAGUUUUGGGGUGGCAGCAAAGUCUACACAAGACUGCAGGAAAGUAGACCCCAUGGCGAUUGUGGUAUUUCAUAGAGCAGAUGUUGAGGAAUAUGUGCCACACAAAAAGAUAUUGACUUAA